AUGUCCCAGCACGUCACUGGAGACGUCAUUGCGGUGUGUCUGCUCAAGACGUUAAUGCUGCUGACCCUUGAUGAGCUGAUGGACGACCUGAGCCUAUUCAACACCGAGGGGCAAGUCCUUGGCUGGUUGAAGCACAGCUUUGAGAAGGUGAUCCCCCAGCCCCCAGAGGUCCACGCUCCUGUCAACACAGAGACCUCUUUGGAAAGGGACACCCCUGCAUCUUCUCCGGCUCCAACUCCAUCUUCAUCCACCACACCACCUCUAGCACCAGCUCCAGCCCCUGAAGUGAUGAAAGGCUGUCUAUACCACGAUCCCGAGGAGAUGCUUCUGGAAGAUGUCGAUCCAGACUGGGAGAGGGGAAAGUGUGAGAUGCAGGACGCGAGCCUCCCUCUGGGCCUCCUGCCUCGGGCUAUGCAGAAGGAGGAUGCCGGCACACAGACUGGGCGCUGGACCCCUAUCAUGGACCGCAUCAAGCGGGAGGCCGAGGAGGUUCUACUGGCAACUCUGGAGGAGAGACUCCAACUGGAGAGGCUGGAGUCCGCGAGGAUGGUGAAGGAGUUUGCCAGGCGGGCCGCCGAGAGAGCAGUGAGGGAGCUGGCGGAGGAGCGGGCGGAGGAGCGGGCGGAGGAGCGGGCGGAGGAGCUGGCGGAGAAGCGGGCCGCCAUGCAGGCGUGGGAGCCUCAAGCAGAGGCAGACGGUGGAGAACAAUGUCCAGAUAUCCAGGACCAAGAGAAUGAAGAAGAUCCAGAGUGCUUUGUGUGUCCCGUGGAGAAUAUACCCAGCCCUCCAGAACGCAAACUGCAGGAGGCUUCAGAGGUAGAGGCGUCAGAGACAGAAACAUUAGCUCAGAGCCCCCCUUCACAACCACACAGAAAUUCUCACUGGGAACCAGGGGCGGAUGAAGUCAAGGCAUUAUCACCUCCUGUCGAGGAUCAGAAACCAGAAUCAGCAGAGACAGAGCUUCCUUCACCCAAAGAACCUGAACAUCUAAGGACAUUAUCUCCUCUGACUGAGGAACCAGUACCUGAACCAUCAUCACCGCCACCUGAGGAACCAGAGGAGCCUAAACCAGCAGUGAUAACAAAGAAAGACUCACACAGCAGAAUUUCCCCAUCUGAGGACAACGCGGAUUGUCCACCAGUGACCGAGCAGCCGAACACUAGUGAGGAUCAGUGUCUCACCCCAGUUUCUGCACAGGGUGAAGAUGAUAAGGGGGUCGAGUGUGAAGCCCCAGGCAGCUGUCCUGCAGUAAAACGCUGCCUAAUGCGAGUCCCCUGCAUGCCUGACUGCCUCAACCACUGCAGCCGUCACCUGCAGGAUGGCGGCGUGACUUUGCCGAAACUGCCCCCCAUGCCUGAGUUGCCCCCGCAGUUGGCCCAGCUCAACCAGCACCUGCAGCCACACCUGGACAAGCUCAACCAGCACCUGCAGCCACACCUGGACCAGCUCAACCAGCACCUGCAGGCACAGCUGGACCACUCGUUCAGAUACCCCAGCUCAGCCACCAGUACUACCUCAACGUUGUGA